UUGAGAUGGCGUGUUGCUAGACUUGUCCGCACCCGAUCGAGGCGGUGAAGUUCCAUGGCCAGCGCCACCCGACCUUCCCUCUCUCCUUCGCCAAUAUCUCUGAUUCUCUCUGUUUUAUCCAUGGCGGGAACUGCCAGAUCCCAAUGCUUCUCUCCUUUCAACUUCCUUUAGAUAACCAACAGAUAUGCCUGGCUUCCACCUUUCGCCCUUUCUUCUCGCCUUCCAAACAAAGCAAUUCUCUCGGUUUCAUUACUCUUUUUCUUCUUCCUGUUCUGUUUUCUGACCGCCUCGCAUUUUGGGGAUGAAAUUUGGCGGUGGUUGUUUUUUUUUGUUAUGGAGUCCCCUCUGUUUUCGUCUUUAAUUUGUUGCGUUUCUGUUUGUAUUAUGAUGCAUAACCAUGCGUUGGUUGCAUGCGUUCGUCUUUAUAAAUUGUGUGCCGUUUGCGAAAGCUGUAAUUGGUGGUGAUUGGGGAAUCAAGCGCGGUGUUCAUGGGGAAUACUGAUGAGGCUCGUUGUGUGUUUCCGUUGACAAAUUUGCAAAUCGGCGACCUGCAGGCUUAUCUCUCUGAUCUUAGCCUCUUCUUGGCGGCUGAGAGUAAAAAGUUCUAUGUCUUAGUGGACAAUCGGCCAUGGUUGAGAGAAUUUGGUUCGCGCCCUGCUCGCUUGUGGCAGCUGAUGGUUACGAAGUCGAGGCUGUCUCCUUUUGCAAACAGGAAAGCACGGAAGGAUAGGAAUAGUGAACGGGUGGCUUACCAGAGGCCCAAAAAGACUAAACCAAAGAAGUUUUUGCGAUGGUUUCCAUUGAUUAAUGCUGUAACAUUGUCUCAGAAGAAGCUUCUGCUUCCUAUGCCUCCUGUGAAAAAUCUUGGAAAAUCUUUUGUUCUAAACAAUGAACUGCAUAGGACAUUGUAUGGCUUCAUUGUUUUUGAAGUUUCAUGGAACAAUGUUAGAGGUAUAAACUACUUGAAUGAGCUUCAGACGGAUACCUCUCUGGCCAUAGAGGCUAAAUAUAUGCAACGAUGGGAAUUUGAUUGCAUAUCUCAAGCUGCUGGGAGCAUAUCUUCUUGGUUCACGGGUUCAGCUUCAGAUGGGCAGCUGUUGAAGACUUAUUUGGAAUCAGUCACAGGAGAAAUUUUCUAUGAUGCUGAAGAAGAUGUCCCAGAUGUUGAAGACAAUUACGAGGACGAGAUUAUCUCCUACAAGAACUCAUACAUUAAUAAUGAUUCAACCACAGCAGUAGACAGCACAAAUUCGCUACAGACACCUCCUCCGACUGGACCUAAUAAGAGAAGAAAAGUAACACAAUUUAUUGACCCAAUGAAUGAAGAUGAUACCCUUCGGGAAGAGAUGGAAAACAGAAAUAGUGAUGUGCUAAGUGUCUCAGAGGCUUAUGAUUCCGAUUGUCAAGAUGUAGUUGAGGCUACACAAUACAAAGACGUAUUAAUUUUGUUUCGGUUUGACGAUCGAGACCUUCCAUUUAAGUUGAAGGAAAUAAUAAUGUCUGAUCUACGGUUGCUCACGUUGUUAGAAGCUGGUCUUCCAUCUUGGGUGAUCUUCCUUCAAUCUUACCCGGUGUUUUGUAACAUCUAUCGGCCUUGGAUGUGCCCUUUUGCAAGAGCUCUAUAUGUUCUCGUAUCAGUAAUCACUGUUCUCAUAGGAUUCUAUGAUUUAUACAAAAACGUCCCACUUUUGAAGGCAGCAGCGUCUCGUUUGUGUGGACCGUUUUUCGAUUGGAUAGAGACUUGGGAGAUGGUAUCGAGGAUUAAGUACUUGGGAACAAUGUUGUUCUUACACAACUUUGAGAAAGCUAUUAAGUGGUUUCUUACUAUUUCGCGUACCACAAGAUCUUUCCUUUCAAUUAUGGCUCAACCAUUGGCAAGUCCUGUCAUGGAACUUCUAGGAUUCCUUCUUCCUGUUUGUAGUACUUUCAUCGAAGUUUUCGGGAACUUCUUUUCAGUGAUCUGGGAUGUGGUUGAAUUUUGUUGCGGCCUAGUUGUUGACAUAAUUGAGUUCUUGCUCUGGCCAUUGUGGUUCAUUUCCUCGACCUUAUGGAGCUGUGUAACAAUGAUUGUGCUUCCUGUGUUGUGGAUCAUUUCAGAAGUACUGUAUGCUCCGAUCCGAGCGGUCCUCUCAUUAGCUAGUUUGGUCGUGUACAUAUGCUCGGGCAUUUAUGAAUUGUUCCGAGACGUACAACAUUUUAUCAGUAGUGUUUUUCAAGUUGCAUCUGUUUCAGAGGCAACGGUUGUCGCGUCUGAGGUUUCCAUGUGGCGUAUGCUUUGGGAUGAUCUCUUCUCUCAGGUCUUUCGAGCUCUUAGAAGCAUAUUAAAUGGAUUUGUUGCGUUCUUCACUGCUUGCAACAGACAUCGGCUCAGCAUCUAUAAUCAUUUACAGGAAUGUUUUGAAAGAUUAACUGGUCCAAUAAGAGGCUCAGAGCAGGAAGCGAGCAGCCGUAGACGCGUAUCGAUGUCCCAACGCCUGAAUCGUAUGUACGGCAAGUCCAUGGAAAGGCGCAAAGUUCACAUGGAUUAGAAGUGCAGAUUUGGUACGUUUUAGCCGAAAGACACGGCACACGAGCAGCACAUCUUAGCCGGAGGAGGCAGUCUAAUUAUACCGAUACGGAGUAGUUUGAGUUGUACAGCUUUAUACUCUGGUCCUUCCCAUAACCUUCCCUCGGUUACCGAUUGAGAUAACGUGAAGAUGUAUAUAACCGGGAUGUAGAUAACAUGUAAAACUAGUGUUCGUAUAUAACAUCAUUGAUUGAUUGAAGGAUAUAGAAAUUCCUACACUUUUUGGA